CAUGCACCAACCUCCCUCCAAACGUCACCACCAUUGUUCCUAACGCCAUCAUGCCACGCUUAGACGACAACACAGAACAAACCCUGCGCGAUGCCGAGCAAGGCAUCAAGCGCCACACAUUCAACGCCUGGGAUAGCUUCAGCAACUUUGCGCUUCGCGACAACGUGCUCGAAGUAGCCGUCGGCUUAAUUCUUGCAGCCUCCUUCACCGCCUGCGCAAAUGCUCUCGUGUCCGACAUCAUCCUGCCUAUAAUCUCACUACUACCCUUUCUCUCCCGUAACCUCGACGCCAAGUUUGCCGUUCUGCAGCACGGCCCAAACUAUAAUACCUCCAUCUCAAACGGCUACAAUACGCCGAAGCAGGCAAUUGAUGACGGUGCUGUGGUGCUUGCAUACGGCAAUUUCUUCGACAAGAUUGUAAGGUUUAUUAUUGUUGCGCUGGCGCUUUGGGUCAUUGCGCUAGCUUAUAGCAGGGGCAGCGGCGACAACAUUGUCAAGAGGCAGGUCAAGUGCAAGUUUUGUAAGAAAUAUAUUAGUGAGAAGGCUAAGCGGUGCGUAAAUUGCACUAGCUGGACGGAUGGUAGAGAGGAUAGGUAAGAGGUGUAGAAUAGGAUUUGAAUAGGGGGAUUAGGAAAAGAUUCGUCGCUCAAGUAAUGCUAUUGGAGAGAAAACAAAGCACUAUGAGAUUGAUGACUGCAUGAUGGUCCAUGAGCGGGAAAAUCAGUUGUGUAGACGACUUUCCUUAAAGGUCAAGACACAAGGAAAUACCAGGA